UUAAGCGGCAACUUUUUCUAUAUAAACCCUCUAAAACCCUUCAAUAUUCCGCCCUCUCUAAUCUUUGCUCUUCGCGUAGCAGCAGUCUUUAUUGCUCUCUUCCUUCGCCCUCCACCCCCCCUCGCCGGUCCAAUUUUUGAGCUUUCAAACAAACAAAUCAUCAAUGGAGUUUUGGGGUGUUGAAGUGAAAGCAGGAGAAUCUCUAAAGGUCAAGCCUGAGCUUUUCAAGCUCAUUCAUGUUUCCCAGGCUGCCAUAGGUGAAGUGAAGGAUGUCAAAGAAGCCAAACAUGUUCCACUACGCCUAACUGUUGGGGAAAACAGUUAUGUCAUUGGAACUCUAUCGGCCGAGGAUAGACCUCAGUUGAUGUUUGACUUGGUCUUUGAGAAGGAGUUUGAACUUUCACAUGGCUGGAAGAAUGGGAGUGUGUUUUUCAUUGGAUACACUGCUGACGACCCGAGCACUGAUGAAAUAGACUCUGGAGAUGAUGUUUUUUCGGAUGAGGAGAAUGUUUUGGAGGCACUGAAUGGGAAACAUGAGGCUGAUGUGAAGGAUGUAAAGCCUGAUGCAAAGAAGUCUGCACUUGUUAAGGAUGAGAAAAAUGCUAAGGUAGCUGAACCAAAGAAAAAGGCGGAGUCUGAAGAUGAUGACGAUUCUGAAGAUGACUCUGAUGAUGAAGACGAUAGUGAAGAUGACUCUGAAGAUGUGCCUCUAGGCAUGGAUGGUCCAGAAGGAAUGGAUUUUUCUGAUGGUUCUGAGGAUGAUUCCGAGGAAGAUGAUGAUUCAGAAGAAGAGACGCCCAAAAAGGUUGAGCAGAAGAAGAGACCAGCUCCAUCUCCUAAAGUAGCUCCUGGUUCUGGCAAAAAAGCUAAACAAGCAACACCCGACAAGAAGUCAGGCGAUAAGAAAGGUCCAGCCACCCCUUUUGCUAAGCAAAAUGGUAAACCUGCAUUCAAUGGUAACAACAAACCGAAAACUCAGUCCCCAAAAUCUGGUGGCCAGUUCUCUGGCAACAAAUCGAACAACAAGAACUUUAGUGGCCAAAAGAAUUUCAAGGGUAAGCAAGGAAGGAAGUAGAAUGCCAGAAAGACUACUUACCUAUCAAGAAAAAUGGGAUAUCAUACAGUGAAGUGGAGUGUUUUUGAAGAGCAAAGAGUUUGUAUUUUUAUUUUUUAAUUUAUAGAUGGUUGGUCUCUAUGUUUUAAGCUAUUUUCCUUAGUUUUAGUAGGUCAAUUUUUGAUGAAUGUUUUUGUUACCGGAAAGUUUUGCUGCUAUAUUCAUUACUAUUUUGAACA